AUGAACCAACGGUUUGGUCCCUACCAAGUUGGUGAGACGGUAGGCCGUGGUACAUUCGGUAAGGUGAAGUUAGCCGUACAUGAGGCCACGCAAACGAAGGUGGCGCUAAAGGUCAUCCCGCGCAGACUCAUGGAGCAGGAUGCGCGUUCAGGCACUAAGAUAACUCGGGAAAUUAAGAUACUCAAGCUGCUUCAGCACCCAAAUAUAAUGCGACUGUACGAUGUGGUGCAGACAAAGCACGACAUUGUUCUCAUUCUUGAGUAUGUGUCUGGUGGGGAGUUGUUCGACUACAUUUGUCGCAAAGGCCGUCUAGCUGAAGAUGUUGCUCGUCAUUUAUUUCAGCAGAUCGUGGCUGGUGUUGCGUACUGCCAUAGGUACCGCGUGGCGCACCGUGAUCUAAAGCCGGAGAACAUCAUGAUGGAGCAUGGAUCAACAACCAUCAAAAUUGGUGACUUUGGUCUUUCAUCUGUGAGCCAUGAUGGGUGCUUCUUUGAGACGAGCUGCGGUACACCCAACUACGCUUCCCCUGAGGUAGUAAGCGGGAAGCUGUACGGUGGCCCUGAGACUGAUGUUUGGAGCUGUGGAGUUGUGCUCUACACCAUGCUUGCCGGUGCUCUUCCUUUCGAUAACAACAACGUUGCCGCGCUCUUCAAGUUGAUACAGACAGCGAAUUACGUUAUGCCGAGCGGCCUCUCAGGGGCGGCGCAGGACUUGAUUCGGCGUAUGCUGGUGGUGAAUCCAUUAGAGCGUGCCACUAUGGAGCAGGUGAUGCAACACCCGUGGGUAGCCGACGCCUUUCCCCCGCACCUUCUUACUCUGCACUAUGAAGCCAUUCUUGACACCGUUCGCUUUGCCAAGGGAACGCUGUUGGAGGAGAGUACGUUUGACAACUCGGUGAUUGCAGCGGUGGCGACUCGGUUUGGCAUGUCGCAGCAGGAGGCCGCCUCGAUCAUUGCGGUGCAUGAAAAGAGGAACUCGCCACUCUUCAAUGGGGAGGUGUUUGAGGACGGAGGGGAUACGAAGCGCUACCCCGCAGCGGAUUUCUUUGAGAAAUAUAGUAACGCCGUAGACGCGAAGCUGUGGCCAACACCCCUCGUAAUCCCACCCGCUGAACAGGCGCUUCGUGACGAUGAGCACGAUGUGUACGUGUCAUAUCUCAUUCUUUUACACCGGAAGAUGGGCCACAUGCCUCUAGAACGGUUGGCUCAACUUGGGGCUCGGUCUGAGGCGGCUGGUUCCCUCAUUCUGACGCAGUCAAUGACCCAAGGCUAUGGCUCCCUCAAUGCAAACUCAUUGCACCAGAUACCUAUGGGCAUCGCCUCUUUGCCGCGGAGCUAUCAGUCGUCACACCAGCAAGGUGCGCAUGAUUCUAUUAGAGCGCAUAAGGAUGGGGGCAUCACGUUUUGUGGCUCCCUCCCUGCACAUGUGCAGUCGGAGCAGCAGGGCUCGGAGGUAGUAGACACGUAUGUGGAGGGGUACAACAGGCUCGCGGAGACGUUUCUCCCGUUGUAUCAUCACUCCUCAAACCACACCUUACUCGGGAAGUUGCUUGGAGUAGUCGAGCGCCCCUUCGCAACAAGGCCGAAGUCGACCAUGCCACAGCAAGUACAGACUGCGGCCCCUAGUGCCGGUGGUGGUGGUGGCGGUGGUCUUCUGCAGCCGCUCCUCAAGCCGAUGACGGGCGAGACUGAGGCAAGCUCAACGACAAGUAGUGGGUCAAAACCGCUACUUCACCCUGCCUCCGCGACAAAGGCAAGGAAAAGCAAAGGGGAAGAGGACGACAAGCGGCGCAUGAGUGCACGGGAACAGGGUGCACCUAGUGUGCCUGUCCAGCCGCUUGAUGUGUAUCGCUGCGAUGUAGUUGCUCGAUUUGGGAAUGACUUUGUGCGUAACGGGGUCCUUUUUUCAUCAAGCGAGCCACCAACGACGUUGCGCUACGUGUACAACGCCAUGCGAGAAGAAGGCUUGUUGUGGAAACCGAUCUAUCCUUACUUCUUCGCAGCUGUGAAGCACCCGUCGGUGAAACUCCAGGUGAAGAUGUACAAGGUAACAGCGGAGGAGCAGAUCGUGGAUGUAAAGGUGUCAUGCCAGAGCGGUAUGCAGGCAUGCGACGUGGCAUCCAAACUCUUGGAGCGGCUGCGCAAGAAGGCUAUUGCUCACGACCGUAAGAGGCUCAAGCGGAACAUCAUGAUGGGCGAUCAGAGUUUGCCACAGGGCGGUGCGGAUCCCGCUACCGCUGCUGCAGUUGCUGAUGCUGAAAGUAUUGACUCUGCGGGCAUAGACCGACGGGCACAGCAUGUCUUCCCCAGCGCGGCAAAAUAG